AUGGACAUUCGGGUAGAUAACAAUGAGCACGACCAAUCAGCCCUUGCGGAACAACAGCAACCCCUACUGGAGCCCGAAGAGCAGCACCGAUCGGCGCCGGCAGCGCCCCGAAAAACCCUGAAAACGCCGGCACAGAAGGCCAUAAGGAAGACGUUCAAGGGCACAGCCGCCUUGGCCAACCUCCUCCCCACCGGCUCCGUCCUCAUAUUCCAAUUCUGUUCCCCAGUUCUCAGCCACCAAGGCCGGUGCAACACCGCCAACAAGGUCGCCACCUCGGCCCUCCUCCUCUUCUGCGCCUCCUCCUGCUUCCUCCUCAGCUUCACCGACAGCUUUCGCGACGAAAAGGGGAAGGUCCGGUACGGGUUCGCUACAUUCCGAGGGAUACGGGUUCUCGAUGGAUUGGCGACGCUUCCGCCGGAAGUCGCCGCUAAUUAUCGUGUUUGCUUUGUUGACGUGCUGCAUGGUUUCUUGUCCAUCAUGGUUUUCGCAGCUGUUGCGAUGAUUGAUCAGAAUGUGGUGAAUUGCUUCUUUCCGGUGCCGUCGGUCGAAGCCAAGAAGCUGCUCGUGGCGGUGCCCGCUGGCGUGGGUGUGAUCUGCAGUUUGCUGUUUGUGGCGAUCCCCUCAAAGCGUCAUGGAGUUGGCUUCCCCCUGUCUCGUCGCUAG